AAGUGCAGGUAAGAGUGGGAGUGAAAGUAGCUUGGAGACGCAAGAGAAGAAGAGAAUUGGAUGCUCCGAGUCACAACCCAGUGGGUUGCAGUUGCUGUUGGUUUGAAGAAUGCAGCGAUUGCGGCGUUCAAUCACCGGCGGCGGUGGUUCUGUGUCGCCGGCGAACCUUAAAAGGUUAUCUCGCAAUUCAUGGGCCGCCAUUCAAGACACAUUUUUCUCCACCAAGGACACGUUUGAGAGACACCGUGUGAUCUUCACCGUCGGAACUUCCAUCGCCUCUGUCGCCACUGCUUGGAUCGGGUAUUCAUUGCGGCAUUUACAUGAUAGCAGGGUUGAUCAAAGGCUUCAAUCCAUUGAAGAUGCUAUGAAAAACAAUAAUAAUCUCCACCAUUCUGAAAUCAAAGACAUUGUUGGUACCGGUGGAGGUUGCAGUCUUCCUACCUGUGUCGCCACUGCUGGAACCACCUUAAUCGUCGGGUAUGGCGUGGGAUGGAGAGGUGGAAUUUGGUAUGCAACUAAAAAGUUCAGAAGGGAACAGAUGAAAGUGCUUGGACAGAUUAAGCCUAGAAGGUGGCAAUUGCUUGGGAAGGUGACAACACCAGAUGGUUAUAUUCUCAACCUACAGAGAAUUUCAUCAAGAGGGCCACUUGGGAAAAAGCCUCCUGUUCUGCUACAGCAUGGACUUUUCAUGGAUGGUGUAACAUGGUUAUUGCUACCUCCAAGGCAAUCUCUUGUGUUCCUUUUGGCAGAUCAUGGGUUUGAUGUUUGGCUUGCUAACACACGUGGAACCAAAUAUAGCCUGCGACAUACAUGGUUACCUAGUAACAGCCCGGAUUAUUGGAAUUGGUCAUGGGAUGAAUUGGUCGCAUAUGAUCUUCCGGCAACAUUCCAGUAUGUGCACGAUCAAACUGGACAAAAACUCCACUAUAUUGGUCAUUCACAGGGUACUCUGAUUGCACUAGCUUCUUUUUCCAAAGAUCAGUUACUGGAUAAAUUGAGAUCAGCUGCCUUACUUAGUCCAAUUGCCUAUGUUGGUCAGCUCACCUCACCACUAGCUAAAAAUGCUGCUGAAAACUUCAUAGCAGAGUCCCUGUACAAGUUGGGAAUCUUUGAAUUUAAUCUGAGAGGGGGAGAUGUUAUUAAGUUUCUUAAGGACUUGUGCAACAACACAGGCAUUGACUGCACCAACAUGUUGACCUCUUUCACAGGUCCAAACUGCUGCGUAAGCCCUUCAAUAGUAAACAAUUUUUUGGAUCAUGAGCCUCAGUCAACAGCAACAAAGAACAUGAUCCAUCUAUCUCAGAUGAUCAGAGAAGGAACGACAGCAAUGUUUGAUUAUGAGAACAGAGAAGAGAAUACAAAACACUAUGGACAACCCACUCCUCCAGUGUAUGACAUGACCAGACUUCCAAAUGACCUUCCCCUCUUCAUAAGUUAUGGAGGGGCUGAUGCUCUUUCUGAUGUUAAAGAUGUGCAACAUCUGUUGGAAAGUCUUGAAGAUCAUGAUGGAGAUAAACUUGUUGUACAGUAUAGAAACGAUUAUGCGCAUGCAGAUUAUGUUAUGGGUGAAAAUGCUAAGCGAGAUAUAUAUGAACCUCUUAUAUCUUUUUUCAGGCUUCAGUAAUAUCAUAAGAAUAAUAAUCCUUACAGAAUCUUAGAAAUUACCUGUUUCUAUGUCACAGAAUUGAAUAGCACAGAAAUUUUGUAUGUAACUUCACAGAGGAUGUUGUUAUUGCAGGAAAAUCUAUAUUUUUCUGUUUUGUAGGCUUC